GGGCUCUGGAGCAGCAGCGCUGCUGACGUGCUGCCGGAGCUGCAGUGACUCCGCAAUGGCUGAGCCUGCCGGCGCUGAGCUCAUCCCGCAGCCUGCCGGGGAAACCUGUCCUUAGCUCCUCCGACUGCUCGCAUCCGCGCCCGGGCUACCUGGUGCCCUGCCCUGCUGAGCCUGGACAGGGACAGGGACAGUGCCUCUGCUGUGGCUGGACCAUGAGGGACAGAGCGGGGCACUGAGCAUCACCAGCCAGGAGCAUUGCCACCCACGUUAACACCAUUGCUUUAAAAAGGCCCCAGAAGAUGUGAGCAGCGUGAGCAGCGAGGGCCUCCCUCAGCAUGGCCAAGAGGGGCUCCAGCAGCCGCGCCAGGGGGGACAGGCCCGACGCCCUGGCCGCCCUGCAGGCUGCCAACGAGGAGCUGCGGGCCAAGCUCACCGACAUCCAGAUCGAGCUCCAGCAGGAGAAGAGCAAGGUCAGCAAGUUGGAAAGGGAGAAAAAUCAGGAAGUGAAGCAGAUCAAGGAGCACGAACAGCAUAAAAGCACAGUGGUGGUCACAGAGCUCAAAGUCAAACUCCAUGAAGACAAAAUGAAAGAGCUCCAGGCUGUCCGAGAAACUCUUCUGAGGCAGCACGAAGCCGAGCUGCUCAGAGUGAUCAAAAUCAAGGACAAUGAAAUCCAGAGGCUGCAGACCCUGCUGAACGCCGUGCGGGACGGGGCCCCCGACAAGGUGAAGACGGUGCUGCUGAGCGAGGCCAAGGAGGAGGCCAAGAAGGGCUUCGAGGUGGAGAAAAUCAAAAUGCAGCAGGAGAUCUCCGAGCUGAAGGGCGCCAAGAAGCAGGUGGAGGAGGCCCUGACGAUGGUGAUCCAAGCUGACAAAAUGAAGGCAGCCGAGAUCAGGAGCGUGUACCACCUGCACCAGGAGGAGAUCACCCGCAUCAAGAGGGAGUGCGAGCGCGAGAUCCGCAGGCUGAUGGAGGAGAUUAAGUUUAAGGACAGAGCAGUCUUCGUGCUGGAGAGAGAGUUAGGGGUGCGAGCCGGGCAUGCUCAGAGACUGCAGCUCCAAAAGGAGGCUUUAGAUGAACAACUGUCCCAGCUCAAAGAGUCUGACCGGCAUCUGAGCAGCCCCAAGCGGGAACUUCCUUAUGCAAGUGGUGCAGGAGACGCUUCAGAUCAUUCGGGAAGCCCCGAACAGCAGUUGGAUGAAAAGGACGCGCGGCGCUUCCAGCUGAAAAUCGCGGAGCUGAGCGGGAUCAUCCGCAAGCUGGAGGACAGGAACGCGCUGCUGUCGGAGGAGAGGAACGAGCUGCUGAAACGCCUCAGAGAAGCAGAAAGUCAGUAUAAGCCCAUUUUGGACAAAAACAAACGCCUCAGUAGGAAGAAUGAGGAGUUGUCACAUGCCUUACGUCGAAUGGAAAACAAACUGAAAUUUGUGACCCAGGAGAACAUUGCCAUGAGGCAAAGAAGUGGAGCAAUAAGGAGACCAAGCUCCCUAAAUGACCUUGACCACAGCCAGGAAGAAAGGGAAGUGGAUUUCCUGAGACUACAAGUAAUUGAGCAGCAGAACAUCAUAGAUGAGCUCUCCAAGACCCUGGAGACUGCUGGCUAUGUGAAGAGUGUCAUGGAACGUGAUAAGCUGCUAAGGUUCAGGAAGCAAAGGAAAAAAAUGACAAGAAUUCCUAAGAAGCCGGUGGUGGAGACGUUCUAUGGCUAUGAUGAGGAGGCUUCCCUGGAGUCUGAUGGUUCCUUCAUCUCCUACCAAACCGUACGGCUACCAGGCCCCAACCCCUGCAACGGUGGAGCUAUGGCAGAGACCUGGAAGAUGGGCAUGGCCAAGGAGGAGACGGAGCUGCGGUUCCGGCAGCUGACGAUGGAGUACCAGGCGCUGCAGCGCGCCUACGCCCUGCUGCAGGAGCAGGUCGGGGGCACCCUGGAUGCAGAGCGCGAAGUCAAGACACGUGAGCAGCUCCAAGCAGAAAUACACCGGUCCCAGGCUCAGAUAGAAGACCUGGAGAAGGCUCUGGCUGAGCAGGGACAGGACAUGAAGUGGAUUGAGGAGAAGCAGGCAUUGUACAGAAGGAAUCAGGAGCUGGUAGAAAAGAUCAGGCAGAUGGAGGCUGAGGAGGCACGCCUCAAGCACGACGUGCAGGACGCCAAGGACCAGAACGAGCUGCUGGAGUUCAGGAUCCUGGAGCUGGAGGAGAGAGAGAGACGCUCCCCGGCCAUCACCUUCCACCACGGCCCCUUCACGGAGGGCAAGAGCCCUCUGCAGGUGUACUGCGAGGCUGAAGGUGUAACAGACAUCGUAGUGGCAGAGCUGAUGAAAAAGUUGGACAUUUUAGGGGAUAACGCCAAUCUGACCAACGAGGAGCAGGUGGUCAUCAUCCAGGCCAGGACUGUCCUCACGCUGGCUGAGAAGUGGCUCCAGCAGAUCGAGGUGACCGAGUCUGCGCUGCAGCAGAAGAUGCUGGACCUGGAGAACGAGAAGGAGCUGUUCAGCAAGCAGAAGGGCUACCUGGACGAUGAGCUGGACUUCAGGAAACAGUCCCUGGACCAGGCUCACAAGCAAAUUCUGGAAUUAGAAGCCAUGCUCUAUGAUGCCCUGCAGCAAGAAGCUGGAGCCAAAAUUUCCGAACUUCUUUCAGAAGAGGAGAGGGAGAAGCUGAAGAGCGCCGUGGAGCAGUGGAAGCGGCAGGUGAUGAGCGAGCUCCGCGAGAGGGACGCCCAGAUCCUGCGCGAGAGGAUGGAGCUCAUCCAGCACGCCCAGCAGAGAAUUAAAGAGCUAGAAGAAAGAAUUGAAGGCCAAAAAAGACAAAUAAAAGAGUUAGAGGAAAAGCCCCUGAGGCCCCUGCAGCUGCUCCUGCUGUUCCUGCCAGAGGGACAGCCCUGCUUCCCGACACCCACACAGAGACUUUGCCCCUGCAUCCCGCAUCUGUCUCGUUCUUUGCUGCUGGCCACGGCUGCUGCAGCCUGUGGGACCUGCAGUGGGGCUGAGCUGGGCUGUGGGGAGCCCCUGCACCCCCAAACCCCCGAGGAGCCUUUGGAGAGGACAGAACUGAGCCCACCAAGGAAGCCAAGAACUCCAAGAACUCUGCUGCUGCCUCUCGUGCAGCCCGGGCUGCCCUGCAGGGCCGGGCUCUGACAGCAGCACCAUCUCUGAUUCAGAUACACUGAAUUUAUCCCGCUUCCCUGCUAAGCAGGUGGCAAAUUGCUUCUGUGCAGAAGUGCCCCUGUCCUGUCUGUGUGCCACACGCUCGUGUUUGUUCCACAGUUCUUCAAAAAUCUGUCUUGGAAGAAGUGUUCCAGAGGAGUAGCUCAUGAAAAGAUGGAUGUGAGUGAAAAUGAAGUGGUUUGUUCCAAGGAAUUCCUUCGUUGCACAGGAUGUGUCCCACGCUUUGUUGAAUUUCCCAUGAGCCCAGUUUUAGGCAAAAACGUAAAGCUACAUUCAGGAAACCAAGCUGUAAUUAUUUUUUUGAGUUGUCAGUAAACCAUGGUGAGAAAAAUUAUGCAAUAAUUUAUAAUCGGCUGUCCCUGAACAAUGGCAAAAGGCUUAACACUGUCCCAGCAAAAAGUUCAACCUGGAAAAGAGUGAGCUAAACCAGAUUAUCCCUGAUCCUCAUGCACUGGGCUGG